AUGGCUCUCCCAAGGAUCUGUCGGGAGUCUUUGCUGGUGCUUUUGCUGCAAAUGGUGCUGAUUUGCUCGGCUCAGAGGGGCCCGGUCGGUCCCAGGGGCCCCCCAGGACCGCCCGGGAUAGCCGGUGUGCCCGGAGUGGAUGGCAUUGAUGGCGACAGAGGCCAAGACUCCACAGUGACCGGAGGACCAGGCCCUGAUGGGGACAACGGCAAAGACGGGGCUCCUGGAGCUCCAGGCGUUCCAGGGGCAGAUGGACCUGUUGGACCUCCUGGGGAUCCGGGCACAGUGGGCCUUCAAGGCUCAAAAGGGGAGCUUGGAGCUCGUGGGCCUCUUGGAGAGCCUGGUGUGGGACCGGAUGGGCUCGAUGGCAUUCCCGGUACAGAUGGGCUGCCUGGUGAGCUGGGAAAAGUUGGACCCCCUGGAGCGAGAGGCAGAAGAGGUCAAGUUGGUCCUCCUGGUUCUGCAGGUCCUCGGGGGCCUCCAGCUGUUUAUCAAGGCGAGGACCUGUGUCCCAAUGCCUGCCCCUCAGGUCUGCAUGGGCAUUCUGGUCUCCCUGGCAUGAAAGGCCACAAAGGUGUUAAGGGAGAAUCUGGUGAGCCUGGAAGACAAGGACAUAAGGGUGAGGAGGGUGAACAAGGACUGCCUGGUGAAGUCGGAGCUCAAGGACUACCAGGCCCAGGUGGAGCGAGAGGCCUCCCAGGAAUAUUGGGCGCCAAAGGCGACAGGGGACCUCGUGGAAAGUCUGGUGAUGGAGGCCCACGGGGAAUCCAGGGAGGCCCAGGAGAUCCAGGCCAAAGGGGAACCAUAGGUGAGACCGGGCCAAGAGGAGUGCUGGGCGACCAAGGUCCAGGAGGAAUCAGAGGACUGCCCGGGCCCAAAGGAGAACCUGGCCUUUCUGGUCCAGACGGUCGAGAGGGAAUACCUGGCCUGCCGGGCUCAAAGGGUCUUCCAGGAAAAAAUGGGGCUCCAGGUGAUGCUGGCCUACAGGGACUUCCUGGUUUGCCAGGUGCUUACGGCCAAAAAGGACAUGGUGGUCUAAAGGGUAACACAGGGGAUCCAGGAGUUGUAGGACUGAUGGGGUCUCCAGGGAAACAAGGCGAGCGUGGCGAGCAGGGAGAGGUGGGACCGGUCGGACCCAGAGGAGGACCAGGUGGACGAGGCGAGCGGGGACCCGACGGGCCUCCAGGACCGCCAGGAGCCAGGGGAGGCAAAGGGGAUCCAGGACUUCCAGGACUGCCAGGCCCUGCUGGUUAUCGUGGCCAGAAGGGAGACAGGGGUGCAGUUGGUCUUGAUGGUCCAAAGGGAGACCAGGGACCUGCAGGAGCUGAAGGAACACCAGGAGACAGAGGAGACUGGGGUGAUCAAGGAGAACCAGGAGAGAAAGGAUCGUCAGGCCCACCAGGAGAGACGGGAAACAAAGGGCCCGAGGGUGGCCGAGGGCAGCCGGGCAAAGAGGGCAAGCCGGGCCAACCAGGACCACGAGGCAUGCAGGGUGAUAUGGGAGUGCCAGGCCUGCCGGGGGCACAGGGACCAGCGGGAAAAUCACCAACAGAUACGCACAUCAAACAAGUCUGCAUGAGGGUGAUGCAAGAGCAGCUGGCCCAGCUAGCAGCCAGCCUGAGCAGGCCUGAGUCAGGCAUCUCUGGGCUCCCCGGUCCUCCAGGCCCACCUGGACCUCCAGGACCCUCCGGAGAGAACGGUUUCCCCGGCCACGCAGGAUCACGAGGUCUACCUGGUCUGAAGGGUCCACCUGGGGUAAUGGGUCGCAAAGGACCUAAAGGUGACCAGGGUGACAGAGGGGACAAAGGACCCACAACGAGGGGACCCAAAGGAGCACCAGGUGUCCCUGGUCUACCAGGCGAGCCCGGUCGACCGGCUUACGGCUCAGACGGCCGUGACGGAGAGAGGGGCCCUCGCGGCGUUCCCGGUAUUCCCGGCGUUCCCGGGCCUCCCGGUACCCCCGGCCUGAACGGUUACUGCGAGUCGUCACAGUGCAUCCUGCCGAUGGUGGCGUCGCCAGUUUCAGCCAAGGACUCCGGCAUGAAGGGCCCCAAUGAGAUGUGAGGAGCUGGACUGGAGGAGAACUGAUGGACUGGAGGACAAAGCAGAAGAUUUGUCCGUUUGGGUUUUGUCACUUGGUUUGUAUGUUUUAUUUUGUGAUUGGGUCACGUUAACUUCUCAAGCAACUUUUGUGGUCAUUAAUCGAUGUCGAGGUGGACACUGAGCAAUCAGCUUUUGAAAUUCCUUCACGUAAAAUAAGUUCUGUUUUACCUCACUUUCGCCAUCUCUGUACUGUAAAAUCUAAAGGAGUUUUUUUUGUUUUUUGGGAACUGAAGAACUCGCUGUGCAUGUACAAACCUUCCAGCCCCCGUUUCUGUCCAAGCAAAAAGGCAAGAAGUUUCUCUGUAUGUUUCUGUAAAUGUGUCAAUAUGCAAAUUAUACUGCUGGAUAACGUACAUUUGUUUGUGAGUAUCUUUGCUGUUUAUCCACUUGGAUGCCCUUUUUCCUCUAAAUGUGGGAUGUGUUUGAUAAUUUCUGUCACGACGACCUGUUGUUUCUGUGACCGGAGGGCGGCGAUGUGUGAAAACCUCUCUGGCAGUUUUAUAUGACUUCUUAUUUAUUAUAACAGGCUUGGACGUGACAUC